CAACAUUUUUUAGAUGACAGGAAGAGAUAGGAAAUGUGUAUAAGAACUGUGAAUUUGCAAUAAAGUCUUACAUUUAAAUUUGAAUCAACCAUGGAAUAUAAGCCUUUAGCGCAGUUAGCACUAUUAUUAGUUAUUUUAUCUUGUUUUGUCAUUAUAUCUGCUGAGGAAUGCCCUGCAGACAAAGACAAGGAUUGGUCUUACGAUUCAAACUUACCUAAUGGUCCACAACAUUGGGGUGAGAAGUAUCCAAAUUGUAAUGGAACAUCUCAAUCUCCCAUUAACAUAAUAACGAGAGAAACUGUGAGAAGUGGAGAGCGUCAGAGACUUGAACUUCAUGGCUACGAUGAACCUAUUACCAACGUCUCGAUAGUGAACACUGGUUUCACGAUUCUUGUAACACCCCAAGAUGGAGUUGAAAGAUCAAUCACACUUGAUGGUAAGAGUUAUACAUUGAGCCACUUCCACUUCAAUUGGGGUAACGCAACAAACAAAGGAUCAGAAGACGUGAUAAAUGGUAGAAGACAUACCAUGGAAGCUCGCUUUAUUCAUCAAAACGAGGGAAAAUUAGUUACAGUUUCGGGAUUUCUGAAGGAAAGCAGCAGUCAAAUAAACUCAGUACUAUACAACAUUUUGUCCCAAAUGGAUUCAUUUCAAUAUGCAGGACAAAGUUUCGAAGGAGAAAUUCAUCUGAAUAGAAGUAAUUCGCAUAGACAGGGCAAGAUUUAUCUGGAAGAUCUGAUUGACAAUGGGUGUCCAUUCUACAGGUAUGAGGGUUCCAUGGGUUUUCCACCAUGUGAUGAAGGAAUUACUUGGCUGAUAUGCAGAAGACACAAAGGAGUGCGCAGUAACCAAUUGAAUGGGCUAUAUCGCUUGUAUUCGGUGCCGGAAGGUACACCAGAUGCUGAUAAAUGUCAUAUGUUAAACAUUUAUAGGCCAGUGCAGCCAUUAAACGGUAGAAAAGUUUACAGAUAAUAAACUGCGUAUAUGAAAAUUUCCUGUAACAAUUUGAAUAAAUAAAGGCUAUGUUUGAUUCUA